CCAUAUGGGGUGUUUAUGAUGUUUAACAAAAAUAAAUUAUAAAAUAAAAACGGAGUCAAUUUGAAUUUUGUCAUGCCGAUUUUACACCAUAUGUUAAAAAGUCAUUUAUUCUUUUUUUGUAGAUGCCAAAAAAUACAAUGAUGACGAUCUUAUGCAAGCCGUGUCGGCUGUUAAAAGAAAACAAUUAUCAAUAUCUAAGGCUGCACGAGAAUUUAAUGCGCCAAGAACAACCGUGCAUGACCAUGUGAAAAAUCCGGAUGUUAGGACGAAAAAGGGCCCAGAAAAGCAACUCACAAAAGAGGAGACGGAUGGAUUGGUAAAUUUUGUAUUGUACAUGGCUGGACAGGGGUUUCCUCUUACAAGAAGGAUGGUGAGAUGCUAUGUCCAGGAAAUUGUGAAACGUUCAGGACGCAGUUCGCUCUUCAACUUGAGUAAAGGUCCAAGUGACGAGUGGUUCAGGAAACUGAUUGCUGAUUAUCCGCAGCUUGCGUUUCGGAAGCCCGAGAGCCGGAACAGAGGCAGAAACAGGAUGUCCAAUAAGACGGUUGCUAGUGAUUUUUUCAAAUUUUGGUCAGAUAUGUUGGAAAAGCAUAACGUCAUGGACAAACCAUCCUAGGUGUGUUGAGAGAUAGCAAAACUUACUUUUGAAACAGAAUAUUCUUUAUAAAGAUACCCUUUGUAAAUCGUAUGCACUGGACAGCAAAUCCGAGUAAAGUUUUAACAAAGUGUUAGACAUAAAUACUAUGAAAUCAAAAAAAAGUAUAUAUUCAGCUCUAGUAUGCGUUUUCUUUUAAUUAGAUCCGUUUACAAAGAAAUGUUUGUUUUCUCCAGCUUUUGCCGACUAUUCUGACU